AUGGAGGAACUUCUGUUACCGAACGUUGAGGAGGAGGCGCGCUCUGACAGCAGUUCGUACGCGCCUGGAAAUGCAGGGAGGACGAUGGGGGACCAAAUUAAGACUUUCCUCCUGAAGACAGUAAAGGGGGACCUGAGGACCGUGAAGAAUUUCUUUAAGAGGAAUGGGCUGCUCACGCUGUCAGUCAUCUCUGUGAUCACCGGCUGCACGCUAGGCUUUAUGUUGAGAGGAAGUCAGAUGUCUUCACAGGCCAAGAUCUACUUCUCUUUUCCUGGUGAGCUGCUGAUGAGGAUGCUGAAGAUGCUCAUCCUUCCUCUCAUCACGUCCAGUUUAAUGUCGGGUCUAUCAUCGAUGGAGUCAAAGGCAUGUUGCCGAAUGGGUGUCCUCACCGUCACAUACUACCUCUGGACCACCUUCAUCGCCGUAGUGGUCGGCAUCUUGCUCGUGAUCAUCAUCAAACCAGGUGUGGGGACAGAGAUGGAGAGCAACCGGCUGGGUGGUGGGCCUGUCAUGACCUCGGCUGAUGCCCUCCUCGACCUCAUCAGAAACAUGGUUCCUUCCAAUCUAAUUGAGGCCACGUUUCAACAGUACAAAACAGACCUGAUUCCCAUCCUCAAAGUCCCAACCAAAACAAUUCAGCCCAACUUUGUCUAUGUGAUCCCUGAUGACAAUGACCCCAAAGGGCGCAUGGUGUACCUCGAGCUGACUCCUCCUCCAGAUGUCAUAUACAAGACAAGUCCAGGCAGCAGCCAGCAGAUGAAUGUCCUUGGCAUCGUUAUCUUCUCUGCAACUAUGGGUUUGUUGCUGGGCAGGAUGGGAGAGCGAGGAGUCCCACUGAUCAAUGUCUGUCAGUGCAUCAACGAGUGCGUCAUGAAGAUCAUCAACGCUGCUGUUUGGUAUUUUCCAUUUGGGAUUAUCUUUUUGGUGGCGGGGAAGAUCCUGGACAUGCAGGAUCCGAGCACACUGGGGAAGAAGUUGGGCUGGUACGCCGUUACUGUGCUCACCGGGCUCUUUGUUCAUGGACUUGUCCUCCUUCCUCUCUUCUACUUCCUUCUCACCAGGAAGAACCCCUUCAGCUAUAUCCGUGGCCUCCUGCAGGCCAUGGUCAUCGCCCUGGCAACCUCCUCCAGCUCUGCCACACUGCCUAUCACCAUGAAGUGUUUGUUGGAAAACUGUCAUGUGGACCGGCAAAUCGCUCGUUUUGUUCUCCCAGUGGGUGCCACUAUCAACAUGGAUGGCACAGCUCUCUAUGAGGCAGUGGCAGCCAUCUUUAUUGCUCAGGUUAAUGACUACGAGCUGGACUUUGGCCAAUUGGUCACCAUCAGUAUCACAGCUACAGCCGCCAGCAUUGGAGCAGCUGGGAUUCCUCAGGCUGGUCUGGUUACCAUGGUAAUCGUACUCACAUCAGUAGGCCUGCCACCAGAUGACAUCACACUAAUCGUAGCCAUUGAUUGGAUCCUUGACAGGUUUCGUACUAUGAUCAACGUUCUUGGUGACGCCCUUGCAGCGGGAAUCAUUGCGCACCUCUGUCGGAAAGACUUUCCCCUGAGCACAGCAGGAAAGCCUGUGCCGUCCUACGGGACACAGACUCCGCACAAAAACUCCAACACGGUCAAUGUGCCAAUGACGGAGAUGCACACACACAAAGACUGCACGUUUGAUUUGACGGGUGAUUCGGUGAGCCAGAUGAACGCACACACAGUCUACUACAACAUCUGCCAGGUGUGA